UUCUCCUCCCGCUCCCAGGCUUUGAUUGGCAGAUGAUAGCAGCUGCGGAGUUGUGGAGUCAUGGCGGAGCUCCGCCGCGCCUCAGAUCACUGGAGUUAAUUUGUGAUAAACUGUCAAACUUUACAACUAAUCUAACAUGAUCGAACGCGGGGUAAAGUUACGAGCGCCGUCGGACCAGCGUCAAACGAUCUGAAGGAGAAAACUGGCAAAGAUGUGAGACUCUCCGAAGAAGAAGAAGAAGAAGAAGAAAAAACCGUUGGAGUCUCUCCUAAAGUCGCAAAUAUGGCUUCUUGUUUCUUUCCAUUUCACACAGAAAACUCUUCAACAGGAGCGUCGCUGUUUUCAGCGCUUCGCGUCGCUCGGGUGUGAUGGAUCCCAAGCACAAAGAGUUGUUAGAGCAGUGCCAGCAGAAGUUGUCGGAGUCCGUCACAGAUGUGGAUCGGGUUCUGGAGCUGCUGGCCCAGUCAGGCAGUCUGAGCCCGGCCGAGCGCGCGGAGCUCGACAAGAACUGCUCCAGCGGCGCCGAGAAGGUCCAUCUGCUCCUCAAGACGCUGGCGGAGAAGAAGGAGAGGGAUCAUUUCCAGGAGUUCUGCUGGGCUCUGGAGAAAACCCAACCGGUGCUGCUCGGCGCUCUGCUGCCCGCGAACAACCACCACAGCACGGGCUCCACGUGCAGCGUUCUGUCUGCGAUGCCGUCGGACUCGGAGAGCAGCAGUUCUCUCAGCAGCGUCGCAUCCUCUCCCCCUCCUGCACACCUGGACAAGCAUGUGAUGAGUGAGAAACUGGAGACUGUGAUCUUCCAACUCAGACAGGUGACCCGUGAACGAGACGACCUGCGCAAAAGACUGGCCCUCUCCUCGCCCGGCACCACCUUCGACGACUGCAGGCCGAGCGUGAAGCCGGGUCACGAUUACGAGCGUCUGAAGCUCCAGUGCAUGAAGGCCAUGUCAGACCUGCAGUCUCUGCAGAACCAGCACACCAAAACCCUGAAGAGAUGCGAAGAGGCCGUGAGAGACGCCGAUUACUACCACACUCUUCACGGGCGUGUGGUUGGUGAACAGACUCAGCUGCGGGACGAGAUGGAGGCCGUGAAGCAGAACUACUCUCAGCUCCUGCAGCAGCACUCGCAGCUCCAGCAGACAUGUGACGAGCUGCGCCACAUACACGACAGCGACCAGAGAGAGGUGGCCGACAUGCGCCUGCAGCAGCAACAGGUCAUGAGGGAGAACGGCUCUUCAGACCUGCUGAAUAAACUUUACGACACCGCCUUAAACAAGCUGGAGGGGAUGAAGAAAGAGUACGAUGCCCUGAGGAAACGAUACAACGAGAAAACGGCGAGUCACAACGCCGACCUGAGCCGCCUGGAGCAGAUGGAGGAGGAGAACAGACGUCUGCAGAAACAGCAGGAGGUUCUGCUGAAGCAAAGAGACUCAGCGCUGCACUUCCAGCAGCAGUACAGCGGCUCCGUCAGGAGGUUUGACAGCCUCCAGCAGGAGCUGAAUAAGAUGUCCGCUCAGAACGAGGAGCUGCAGAGAGAAACCGAGCGCCUCCAGAUGGAGAACACGCGCUAUAAGACCCUGCAGCUGAAGGCGGUGAAGGACGGCGAGAAGCUGAAGGAGGAGAGAGACUCUGUGCUAAACGAGUACAGACUGAUCAUGAGCGAGAGAGAUCAGGUCAUCAAGGAGGUGGACAAGCUGCAGACCGGGCUGGAGGCGGCCGAGGCCAAACUCAAGAACACGUCCAGCGAGAGGAGGGUCGCCGGCGAGGAGAUCGAGGCUCUGAGACAGGAACUGAACUCCGCUCUGCUGGACCGGGACCGGGCGAUCCGGGAAAAGACGGAGCUGCUGGAGAAGUACUGUCACGAGGUGCAGGACAAGGCGGAGACGCAGAAGGAGCUGAGCCAGGCCUGUAAGGACAUCGAGAUGGUGCGAGAGGAGCGCGACGUGGCCCGUAAAGAGCGAACGGAGGCCAUCAUCCAGAGAGACCAGCUCCUGAGAGAGUACUACCAGGCCAGACAGAAGCAGGACAGCGCGACGCUGGACAUGGAGCGCGUCAGUAAGGAGCUGGAGGUUCUGAGGAAACAGUGUGAGGCCAUUUCGGAGGAGCUCCAGGAGGCUGUGCAGGAGGCAGAGGUGGCCAAGUGUCGCAGAGAUUGGGCCUUCCAGGAGAGAGACAAGAUCGUAGCAGAGCGAGAGAGCAUACGGACGUUGUGCGAUAACCUGCGACGCGAGAGGGACCGAGCUGUUAGCGAUCUCGCCGACGCUCUGAGAAACCUCGACGACCUGCGGAAACAGAAGAACGACGCGGUGCGAGAACUGAAGGAGCUCAAGGAGUGUAUGGAGGAGCAGCUGGAGAAGGAGGCACGUUUUCGCCAGCUGAUGGCCCACAAUUCUCACGACUCGGCUAUCGAUACGGACUCGCUGGAGUGGGAAACGGAGACGGUGGAGUUUGAGAGGAGUGCGGACGACAUGGAUUUGAGUGCUUUUGGUUUCGAUAUCGCCGAGGGGGUGAGCGACCCGUAUCUACCCGGGGAUUAUGGGAUAUUCGUGAGCAAGGUGGACAAAGGAAGUAUUGCGGAGGGCAGGUUAAGAGUGAACGAUUGGUUGUUGAAGAUAAACGAUGUGGAUCUGGCCAAUAAGGACCGGAAGCAGGUCAUAAAGGCAGUGUUCAGUGGAGGCGGAGUCAUCAACAUGGUGGUCCGCAGGAGGAAGUCUCUUGGAGGAAGGAUGGUCACCUCUGUUCAUCUUACACUGGCAGGGCUCAAAGAUUGUGGUGUCGGGUUGGAGAGUGGCGUGUUCGUGUCGUCGGUUUCUCCAGGCAGUCCUGCGGCGAGGGACGGUUCGGUGUGUCCCGGCGAUCGGGUUCUCAAUAUAAACGGAAUUUCGCUGGAUAAUAAAUCCGUGAGUGAAUGUGAGACUCUCCUGCGGAGCUGCAGAGACUCCGUUUCUCUUUCCCUCCUGAAGUUCUUUCCACAGAGUCUGUCGGGUCAGAGUAUCGCAGAGAGCCAGCGUGACUGUGAAAGGAACUCCAACGGGAAGUCGGCCGAUCACCUGCGGCCCUGCAGGAAGCAGCCCAGCAGCCACAAAGACACGUACAGCCCCACACGUGAUGUGGAGAGCGACCGCGGUCAGUAUCGCUCGGAGCCGUAUCAUGAGAUCUGCCUGCAUCCCAACUCUAAACGACCCCUCACCUUUCACCCCGUUUCCCCCGGCGACUGCAUCGCCGUAGAGAUGGGUCAGGAGAGGCGUAAACAAAGCGGCGGCACGUGGCCGAAAAUGGUAGCGGUUGCAAUGACGGCUGCUGACAAUCCCCCGCUGUCUAUUUUUAAGACCCCAAAGAAGCGGAAGUCGAUAUUCGACGCAGACAUGUUCAAACGGCCGGAGACGCCGUCCAAGCUGGACUACCUCAGUUUGUCCCAGAUGCCCAAACAUUCCCCGCAGAGCUCCUGGACGGAGGGGCAGACGCCACCCGACCCGCCCAAACGCAGCGACUCCUUCAAGUUUAAACACAAACCACAGGGAAGCUCCGCCUCCGAUUCCACCAUUACCACCGGUUCGCCCCCGGCCACGCCCAUUCAGACCGCGCCCGCAGACAAAGCUGGGUCUGAUUUUGAAAAUCGAGACCGCAACGGGAAUGUUCUUCAGAGACAGGGGUCCGGCGGCGGAGGGCCGUUUACGGAGGAAGUGCGACAGGGCGCAGAUGACCUGGAGAUGAGGAGAGGAAGGCCGAGCUCCGCACCCGCUCAACGCCGCAGCCUCACGCCCCUGAAGAUGCCGUUUCCACAGAGCUUCUCUCACGACGAACACUCGCCUGAGCCUGUGGAUCUGGUUCGGUUCUCUCCUUUCCGCUCAAAUCGUCACAGUUCAGGCUUCUCACCUGUACAAGCGCACACCGCUCCCAGAACGCUGUCUCCCUACCCUGCUGUCACCGCGGUCAUGAGGAACCCAGUGUACACGGCCUGGAGUCACUGUGUCAAAACCACUAACUCUCCGUCAGUUCCUGCACACACAUACACUCAAGUCAGUCCGCAGCACCAGGGGCGAUGGAGUGUGGAUCUCAACCACAAGUGCUCCGGUGAACUGUUCGACGGCUCUCGCGGAUCAGGACCGCACAACACCAACUCCCUGCCCUCCAGCGCCAGACUGGGUUUGUCUCAGUACCGCGAGCAGCGCAUCAAGAUUCCCUCCACCCCUCGCUAUGCUCGAUCUGUUCACGGCUCUGACAGAGGAUCGCUGUCUCAUUCUGACUGCAGCAGCCCAAGUCUCGUAACUCCGCCCCUCUCUCAUCUGGACGCCGCCUCCUUCACCAGCAGCCAAUCGCAGGGCUCCAUCUCCGCCCAAACCAGGCUGUCAGUCAGCCCUGUGCCAAUAGACAGGAGAAGGGACAGAUGUGCGUUGCGUAACAGGUCUAACCUGAAGCUUUCUCGAGCUCAGAGAUCGUGGUUUGCAUCUUUACGGACCCUGAGGCCAUACAUAGAAGAGCCACGAUGUGUCACUAUCCCCAAAGGGGCGGAGCCUCUGGGCAUCUCCAUCGUGGGUGGGGAGAAUGGCGGCAUUUUUGUUUCCAAGGUAACGGGGGGCAGCAUUGCUCAGCAGCACCACCUGGAGUUUGGAGAUCAGCUGCUGGAGUUUAACGGCAUUAAUCUCAGGAACGCCACGGAGCAGCAGGCGAGACUCAUCAUUGGGCAGCAGUGUGACACCAUCACCAUACUGGCACAGUACAACCCACACAUGUACCAGCUGGGCAACCACUCGCGCUCGAGCUCCCGCAUGGAGUCGUCCAUCAGCUCUCACUCCACGCCCGGAACACCUGACACGCUCAGCGAACAGGACGAGGGCACCAUGACCCCGCCCUCCAAACAGACCACGCCCACAUCCAGCCCUCGCAGCGCCGGCAGGGAGGGCAGGAAACAGGCGGAGCCGAGGCAGGUGGUGCUGAGGAAGACUCAGGUGGAUCUGGGGCUGAAGAUCUGCGGAGGAAACCUGACUGGGGUUUUCGUGGAGGACCUAGAAGAGGACAGUCCUGCUCGAGGAGCCGACGGCCUGCAGCCUGGAGACCUGAUGCUGGAGUGUAACUCAGUAAGUCUGAAGAACAAGACGGCUGAGGAGGUGUACCUCGAGAUCCUGAAACCCGCAGAGAACGUCGUGCUCAGGGUCCAGAACCGACCCGAACACUUCCGGAGGGUCAAAGACGCACCUGGAGACGGGUUUUACAUCAGGGCUUUAUUUGACCAUGUUGGUGAUUUAGAGCAGGAGUUGAGUUUCAAGAAGGAUGAUAUUCUCUAUGUGGACGACACGCUGCCCAGGGGGAAUUUCGGCUACUGGUUGGCAUGGCAACUGGACGAGAACGCACAGAAGCUGAUGCGCGGACAUGUGCCCAGCAAGUGCAUGAUGGAUCAAGAUUCCCAGCGGCGGUACAGCAUCACAGACGGUAAGGACGAGAGCGGAUCUGGUAAAACGCUCUCAGCCGCGGCGCGCCGCUCGUUCUUUCGCCGUAAGCUCAAACACAAGCGCAGCAGCUCCAGAGACGGGCGCGACGCUCCCGCGGCAGACGCCGUCAGCACCGACUCCAUGCUGUACAUGGAGGACUGCGUGAGUCCGGCGUAUCAGCGCGUGCAGAAAGUGGAAUCGGCCAAUCGCAGGCCGGUGCUGAUACUGGGGCCUCUUGUUGAGCCAAUCAAAGACAUGCUGCUCAGAGAGGCUCCUGGGAAAUACUGCCGCUGUUUACCUGAGGGGAUGAAGGCUACCCAGCAGGCCAUUGAGAGAGGUGUCAAAGACUGUCUCUUCAUCGAUUAUAAGCGCAGGAGCGGACACUUUGAUGUGACCACGGUGGCGUCCAUUAAGGAAAUUACAGAGAAGGACUGUCAUUGUCUGCUGGACAUCGCACCUCACGCCAUCGAGCGCCUGCACGUCGUAAACAUUUACCCCAUCGUCAUAUUCAUACGAUACAGAAACGCCAAGCAGAUCAAGGAGCAGAAAGAUCCCGUGUAUCUGCGAGACAAAGUGUCACAAAAACAUUCCAAAGAGCAGUUUGAGUCUGCGCAGAGGAUCGAACAAGACUACAGCAAAUACUUCACAGGUGUCGUCCAGGCCGGCAGUCUGUCCAACACGUGCUCUCAGAUCAUGGCCGUGGUGGAGCAGGAGCAGAACAAAGUCCUGUGGAUUCCCGACGGAAGCACGUGAAGAGAGUCCCCGCGACAGAUAAACACACUUCCUUCACAAUAAUAAUAAUAAUGAUAAUAAUAAUAACAACAACACUCCACUGCUGUAAAACUCCCCCGGGGCUGGGCGCUGUCGUGCGUUCAUUAAAUAUGAAGCGUUUAAUGAGCGAGCAGCUCAUUUCAGCUAGAUUCACAACUCUGAUUCAAAGAUUCAUCACUCAUAAAUGUCCUGUUUUAUGUAAAUAUUGCUGUUUAUAUCGCCCAGCCCUGAACAGACACUCCUCAGGCCAUGAUCGCAUCUGUGAUCGAGCAGCAAUAUCCUCCGUUCACUGUGUUUUCUCUGUGGUAACACUAAUUUAUGAGGGCUUUCAUGUAGUUCUUCAUGUUUACAGAGCUGAACCAGCUUACUUGAAUGUUUAACUUCACGUAUCUGUCCCUGCGUGGGUCCGAUCCCAUCCCGCUAGCUCCACACAGACGCUCAAAAUACUGACUGUUAGGCUUGUUUUCCGAUCGCCGCGUUAAAGGAUUCGUUCACCCGAAAAUGAACCUUCUGUCAUCAUUUACUCUCUCGUUCAGUGGAACACAGAAGCGGAUGUUUGAGCUGCUCUUUUCCGCACAGUGAACGCAGACGGGCCUCAAAAAACGGCACGAAAGAGCCAUAAAAUAAUGUUUUAAGAGAGCCGAGGGGGAAAUGUUCAUUUUGAGACAUUUUCCAUAGAAUAAAGUGUCAUUUUGAGACGUCGUUUCUGUUGGAAUAAAGUGUUUUUUGUGGUUGUGACGUUCUCUCACUGCGUGGAAAAGAGCAGCCUGAACUUUCUGCAACUUCGGGUUUGAAACGACAGGCAAAUCUUUUUCGUUUUUGGGUGAACUACUCCUUUACGCUUUAAUGUAGCAGUUUCUUUAUUUCAUUUUCUUUUAAGUGUACUUUUUUAUUAUUUAAAUGAACGAUGCAAUAAUCUGCUGCAUGAUCAUUCUACUAUAUGCUCUGAUUAUUUUUACAGUUUUUAACAUUUUAAUUUAAAUGUCUUUUGUGGUCGAGUAUCUUCCUGUUCAGAAACAGACGUGCCAAACGGUUCCUUCUGCUUUGCCUGUAUUUUGCACUUGAGUUCGACGGAAAGGUGGACAGACCUACUUUACUUUAUUAAUCCCGACGGGAGAUUCAGUAAUCCUCGUUCAGGAAUAGUUAGUUAAUCCUCUCUGUAGUGGUACUACACUAGUCCUCCUGUUUACCUUACAGACGGGUGUUCACCAGCCACAGUGACAUCACUUCCUUUUCUGACCAAUGAAACGAGUCGCCUGGCGUAGCUGCUUCAACAUCACUCUCCAACUCUGGCGUUGGUGUUUGUAGCUGGAAAAAACACAUAAUUCCAUUUAAAAAUGUUUUAUAAUUGUAUAACACAUUGGUACUGCCACAUUAAAGAAUCCUAUGACAAAAAUAUGAUUUUGUAAUUGUUAUAUUAAUAAAGUCUAAAUUAAACACG